AUGGCCAGUCGCGGGCCGAUCACUUCGACUGAAUCGACCAUGUGCUCGAGCCGAUGGUGGACGAGGAAUCCAACACCACCGACAUUUCUUCCGCUCAGUUUGGCUCCGAGAACAAUUAGCAAAACUACUGUCAAGUGUCGCGAUGGAGCUAUCCGUGAAGUCGCGGUGAAGAAGUUCAGAGAUCCCUUCUCGGAUAAUGCUCAGGCGCGGAUGAUUUAUCGGGAGAUUAAACUUUUACAAAUCAUGCGACACGAUGGAGUAAUCCGGGCCAUUGACCUUUAUACACCUAACAACGUGGAGCAUGAAUUCAAGGAGCUAUAUGUUGUCACUGGAUACGCUGGUGAUAGUAUUGUAAAAAUAUUGCAUGAUCAAAAAGUUACUGGAAGAGUUCACAUCACUCCUGAGCACAUUAUUCACAGGGACCUGAAAACCAGGAAAUCUAGCCUUAACAUGUGA